AUGGGCACAGUAAAUGUCUCUAUGGUGACUGAAUUCUAUCUGGUAGGAUUAACAGAGCAGCCUGAACUCCAGAUACCCUUGUUCUUUCUGUUCCUAGCAAUGUAUUUGAUCACUGCAUUGGGAAAUUUGUGUUUAAUAAUUCUGACUCUGCUGAAUUCUCACCUGCACACGCCUAUGUACUUUUUUCUAUUUAAUUUGUCCUUUAUAGACAUUAGUUAUUGUUCUGUGUUCACUCCCCAAAUGCUGAUGAACUUUAUAUUACAGGAUAAUGUCAUUUCUUACAUGGAGUGUAUGACCCAAGUCUAUUUCUUCAUUUUCUUUGCUGUUUCUGAGUGUUUUGUUUUGACUUCAAUGGCCUAUGAUCGCUAUAUGGCCAUCUGUAAUCCAUUGAUUUAUAAUGUUGUCAUGUCUCCUAAAGUAUGUUUGAACCUCAUGAUUGGUUCCUACUUUAUUGCAUUUUCCAAUGCUAUAGCUCACACUACAUGCGUGUUGAGACUGAGUUUCUGUGAUGCCAACAUCAUCAACCACUACUUCUGUGAUAUUCCUCCUUUGCUCCAGCUCUCCUGCACAAGUACAUAUGUCAAUGAACUUAUAAUUCUUGUUGUUGGGAACAUCAACCUCAUUGUUUCUACUUCAACUAUCUUUAUCUCCUAUGGUUUCAUCCUUUCCAGCAUCAUCCACAACAGUUCCUCUGAGGGCAGGUCCAAAGCCUUCAGCACCUGCAGCUCCCACAUUCUUGCUGUUUCUCUCUUCUUUGGUUCAAGUGCACUUGCGUAUUUCAAACCCUCCUCAUCAAGAUCUAUGAAUGAAGGUAAAAUCUCUUCUGUAUUUUACACUAAUGUGGUUCUGAUGAUGAAUCCUUUAAUCUAUAGCUUGAGGAACAAAGCUAUUAAACUUGCUUUAAGGAAAACUUUGAUUAGCAGGAACAUUUGA